UGGCCGCCAUGUAACGGGAGUGUGAGUACCAUUACCAUUAUUUUGGGAAAUACUGUGAUGUCUCGCUUGGCUGACUACUUCGUUUUGGUGGGAUACGACCAUGAGAAAGAACGAAGUGGUUGCAGCUCUGGCAAGAUUUUACAACGUUUCCCAGAGAGAGACUGGGAUGGCUGUCCAUUUACACAAGGCAUAGAACUAUUUUGCCAACCAUCAGGAUGGAAGUUAUCAACACAAAGAAAACAGCCAGAAUUUUAUGUGGCAGUAUUAACAGAUAUAGAUGCGGAUCGACAUUAUUGUGCCAGUUUUACCUUCCACGAAACCGUGGCCAUGACACCAACAAAACCUGAUGAUGAAGAUGGUGAUGAUCAUGAAUCAGCUCUAGUCCACCAUUCCUUGAUGUUUGCUCCUAAAAGUCUAGUACUAGUCUCCAGAUUAGACUAUUUUGAAGCAUUCAGGAAUUGUCUUGGUAUUUUAUAUACAGUAUAUAUAGAGAAUUUAGACGUUCAACUUGAAACCUUGGUAGGAAAUAUACUUGGCUGUGUACAGGUACCCCCACCUGGCGGACCACAAGUACGAUUUUCUAUCGGAGCAGGAGAUAGACAGGCAUUACAGCCACCAUUAUGUCCUACAUUACCAGCAACUCAAAUAUCUGUAGCUCAUUUAUUCGAACAAUUAGGUAUCAAUAAUACUCUGAGUAUAUUUAGUGCUGUUUUAACAGAUCAUAAAAUCCUGUUCUUUUCUGAAAGCUAUUCUCAUCUCACUGAAGCUUGCCAAGCACUUACAUCAUUAUGUUAUCCUCUCAAAUACAGUUAUGUAUAUAUUCCUAUAUUACCGGCUCAUUUAUUAGAAGUACUGACAGCUCCUACACCUUUUAUAGCUGGUGUUCAUUCUUCAUUACGUAAUGAUAUUUAUGAUCUGCUGGAUGUGAUAACAGUUGAUCUGGAUAGUGGAAGUAUUAAAGUACCAGAAUGUGUUAAUUUACCCUCAAUACCAGAAAUAAUACUUAACAGAACCAGAAAAUUACUCUCGAUGAUUUUAACACCACAGUUAUUAAGUGCUGAUUGUGCAUUCUCUCCAUCACCUAAAAAACCAUCACUUGUACAACAUAGGGACAAGGAAAUUCGAGCUGUGUUUUUACGUCUGUUUGCUGAAUUAUUUACGGGCUAUAGAUCUUGUCUUACUCUUAUUCGUAUUCAUCCAGAACCAUUCAUUAGUUUUCAUAAGGCUUUUUUUCUGGGCUAUAGAGGAAUGGUGGAAGAUGACUUUACACAUCGUGUUUUAGAUGGAAUGAGUUUUUCUAGCUUUGUAACAGAAAGAGGUCCUCCAUAUCGUGUCUGUGAUAUUUUUGAUGAAGUUUAUGCAACAAUCCAAGAUGAAUUAAAAGAAGAGAAAAACCAUCCAGAUAAAAUGAUGAUGAACACUAAAAACAUCUCUAAUCAACUUUAUCUUAAUGAAUUCCCUAAUCCACAGCCAUAUAUACAAAAAGUCCCGAAACCCACAGAUGGAGCCUAUGCUAGAACGCAUCAACCUGCAUUUCCUACAUUAAAUAGUAAAACAGUUCAUGAGAUAAUAGAGGAAGGCCUUUCAAAAUCCAGUAUUAAAUCGAAGAUUGCUAACGUAAGACCUCAUCAACCUAGAAUUGUACCCAUGGGCCAACCUAUUUCUGCCAUUGACAAACAACAAAUGGUGGAAAACCAUGCCAGACGUCUUGAAGUUUUAAGGAAUUGUAUCAACUAUAUUUUUGAAAAUAGGAUUUCAGAUGCCAGAAUAAUAUUUCCAGCAGUAUUAAGAGCUUUAAAGAGUAAAGUAGCUAGACUAGCCAUGACACAAGAAUUAAGUUAUCAUGUAUUAUCUAACCGUGCCAUGUUAGAACAUCAACAGUUUGAUUUAGUUGUAAAAUUACUCAACUGUGCUUUACAGAAUGAUAGUAGUAUGGAUGAACAUGGUGUAGCAGCAUCUAUAUUACCAUUAGCUACAGCCUUCUGUAGGAAACUAUGUACGGGAGUGAUACAGUUUGCAUACACAUGUGUUCAAGACCAUGCUGUUUGGGCGAAUCUAGCGUUCUGGGAACAGUCAUUUUACCAAGAUGUUCAAAAACAAAUUAGACAGUUAUAUUUACCAUAUUAUGAAGAACAUUUAGUAUCAGAAAGACAAAGAGAGGGUUCAAAAUCUCCACAAUCUCCUGCAGAUAGUCAUGAUACAAGUUGGAGUCGAUCUAUAGGUGAUGGUUAUAGAAGAACAGCUGGUGGUAAAUAUAGACAUAGAGAAAUAGGUGCUCUAGAAAUAGCUGCUGAACAGUUGCGAGUGUGGCCAACAUUAGGUAAAGAACAGAGAGAUGAACUGAUGAGUAAUGAAGAAUCUACAGUCUACAGUCAAGCUAUACAUUAUGCUAAUAGAAUGGUUUAUUUGAGAGUACCACUAGAUGUUCAUAAAACGUUAAAAAAUACAACAGGUUUCGAUGGAGAGAGUAAUAGUAACAGUAAUAUAACGGCCAGUAUUGCUGAAAGUGAUAGUUUUGAUGCUGAGAGUGGUUUCGAUGAAUCAGAAGCAUCUGAUGUUGGAGCUAAUGUUAUACGAUUUGUAUCACGAUUUGUAGAUAAAGUAUGUAAUGAUGGUGGUGUUACAUCUGAUCAUGUUAAAUCAUUACAUCAAAUGAUACCAGGUGUUGUUGCUAUGCAUAUAGAAACAUUAGAAGCUGUUCAUAAAGAAAGUAAAAGAUUACCUCCUAUACAGAAGCCCAAGCUUCUCACUCCUACAUUACUGCCAUCAGAAGAAGUUGUCAUGGACGGGUUACGAGUUUAUCUCUUGCCAGAUGGUCGAGAAGAAGGAACAGGUGGCAACAUGGGAGGACCAUCUCUACUACCAGCAGAGGGCGCUGUCUUCCUUACUACCUAUAGAAUCAUAUUUAAAGGCACACCUUGUGAUCCAUUAGCCUGUGAACAAAUUGUUAUUCGCUGCUUUCCUAUAUCCACCAUUACGAAAGAGAAGAAGUUAAGUGUUCAGUAUUUACCUCAUUUAGAUCAAUGGUUACAGGAAGGAUUACAGAUACGAUCAAAUGCCUUUCAGUUAAUGAAGAUCGCCUUUGAUGAAGAAGUAGGUUCGGAUGAUGCAGAAACGUUUAGAAAGCUUACAAAUAAACUACGCAACCCACCAAACAUCUUCCACACUUUCGCAUUUAGCGGUCAAACGAUUCAUGAGGCCACACCUCUGCACAAACAUAAAGAGAAAAAUGCUUCCUUACGGCAAUUUGCGAAGCGUACCUUGUUGAAGACGGCUCGUAAAGCUGGGUUAAAAUCUAAACAAACAACUCAUAAUAAAAAGAAGUAUGUAUUACCGACACCUCCAUCCACUAGACGUAAUAUAUCUCCUCGAUCAUCUGAUAGUGAAUCUGAACGUCCUAAUAGUGAUGUUUAUGAUGAUCUCUCUAUAAUUGAUGAGAGUGAAUUUGCAACAUCUCUUUCAAAUGAUCCGAAGAAUUUAGAACGUUUAAUGGAACGACCAAGUUACCUGGACUACCAGAGAUUAGGUUUUGCUAAUCUGACAAUGGCAGGUCAGAAGUCAAAUCGAGAUCUCUUUAGAAUUUCUACUGUAAAUGCCAAUUACUCUGUCUGUAGAAGUUAUCCUGCCCUGCUUGUAGUACCUGCUGCAGUCACUGAUGAAAGUAUUAGAAAAUUUGCUAGAUGUCAUCGUCAAUACAGAUUACCUGUGAUAACAUGGAGACAUCCGAGAACUAAAGCUCUAUUGUUACGAGCUAGUGGUUUACAUAGUCGUGGUCUUAUGGGUAUGUUACGACACAAUCCAUCUGCUGGAACUUCAAGUGGAGAAACAUCAUCUAGUAUCGAACAAGAGAAAUAUUUUAUGGCGGUUGUAGCUGCUACACCAAACAAUGCUCGUUCUUAUCAUCCAUCCUAUAGUGAUUCUCUUACUAGUCUAGAUUCCCUCAUGAUGGUUGGAUUAAUGGAUCCUCUCAAUAUACCAGAAACACCCGAUGUUUUACGUCGUGGUGGUGUUUAUAAAGGAACGCCGGCUGCUAGAUCUAGUGUAGCCCAUAAACCUAAACCUGGAUUUCUGACUAUGCCAAGGAGAGCUCGAAGAGGCGUACAAACUUUACAACGUAUUGGUAGUUUACGUGAAAAAUCCCGCCUUUCAUCAUCAGGGCCUGAAGCUAGAUCUCAUAAUGGUAAUUUAGACAGUCGAGGUGAUCUGAUCAAUAACUCUGUUCAACAUCUACAUAGAGUUCGUCUAUAUGUACUGGGUGAAAAAACUCAAAUGAAGGGAAUUAAAAUGGAGUCCUUUCCUAAGUGUGAUUUUAUACCAGUAGAUUUUUAUGAAGUACGACAUGUUAAAGCUAGUUUUAAGAAGUUAAUGAGAGCUUGUAUACCAAGUACAGCGUUUCCUGUUGGUGAAGGUUUUUAUAAAGCUGUAGAAGAAUCAGAAUGGCUUUUACAGAUACAGAGUAUACUACAGUUAGCUGGUGCUACAGUAGAUCUAUUAGAUGUACAGGGAUCAUCUGUUAUUGUCUGUUUAGAAGAUGGUUGGGAUGUUACAACACAGGUGAUAUCUAUAGCAGAGAUAUUAUUAGAUCCAUACUAUAGAACUAUUGAAGGUUUUAAAGCUUUGAUAGAAAAAGAAUGGAUAUCAUUUGGUCAUCGUUUUACACAUCGUAGUAAUCAAACAGCUGCCAAUCAAGCCAGUGGUUUUGCUCCAUUAUUUCUACAGUUUCUAGAUGUCGUACAUCAGAUACACAACCAGUUUCCAUUAUCCUUCGAAUUUAAUCAGUAUUUCAUCAAGUUCUUGGCCUUUCAUUAUGUAUCAAAUCGCUUCCGAACAUUUAUGUUAGACAAUGAAUUUGAACGAGUGGAAGCAGGUUGGUUAUUAGAGGAGAAGAAACCAUCUAAAGUUGAUGAUGUUGAUGAAGAGAUUGGUUUCUCACCAAAACAUCAACAUCAAUCAGUUGGAGUAUCUAUAUGGGAUUAUAUAGACAAACAACAUAGACGAUCACCUAUAUUUACUAAUUUUAUGUACAGUCCUGAAGAUCAAGAACAGGUGAUGAGACCAUAUUCUAAUAUUUCUAAUUUGAAGAUUUGGAAUUAUUUCUUGAAUGAAGAUUUAUGUCAUGGUCCAUCAUAUGAUAUAGAACUUGUAAUUCAAGAAUUACGUCAGAAUGAAGAUCAAGAAGCAGAAGCCAUGGGAAUAGUUAAACGUAAAAUAUUAAAUGGUUGUUAUGAUAAUAUUAUGCUUCAACAACCAAACUAUUUCAGAUUACAGUUUCAGGAAAUUCACAAACUUGAAACUGAUCUUGGUCAUUUACCCCAGAAGUGGAAAGUAUUAUGGGACAAAUUGGAAUCACCUCAACGUGAUAGUAUUCAUAGACAGAUCUCAUUUAAUACACAGCUUGUUAAAUCACAUGGACGUUCUAUACAUAAACGUUCUACACUAGAGAUUUUAGUCAAGGGUAAAAUGUUAGGUGAAGCAGCUCGUAUGUUUAGUCAACCACACAGAUUUGAAAGACAUACGUAUACCACCCCAGCUUAUUGUGAUUAUUGUUCUCAUGUACUGUGGGGACUAGCUAAAACAGGAAUGCAUUGUAUAGACUGUGGUUAUAACUGUCAUGAGAAAUGUCAACCAUCUGUACCUAAAAGUUGUACAAAGUUAAAGACAGUAACAGAUACUAGUGCUAGUAGUAGUAAUUUAUCUCGUACUGCUGGAUCAGAUGCUAGUUCUACAUCAGUUGGAACAACAACCAUGUAUGAUAAUUUUUCGACCAAUAUAGGAGAGAAUCGAACACAUGAGGGUUAUCUAUAUAAACAGGGAGCUUUAUUAAAAGGUUGGAAACAACGCUGGUUUGUUCUAGACUCCAUGAAACAUCAGUUACGUUAUUAUGAUGCCAUGGAAGAUUCUAGUUGUAAAGGUUUUAUAGAUCUAGCAGAAGUCGAAUCAGUCAUACCACAGAAAAAUCUACCAGGAGCUCCUAAAAAGGCAGAAGAAAAUUCAUUUUUCGAAAUUCGUACAGUAAGACGAUUUUAUAACUUUAUGUCAACAGACGCUAAAGCUGCUCAGGAAUGGAUCGAUAAGUUACAGAGUUGUAUACAAUAAUAUGUAAUAUAUAGUAGCAUGUAUAUAUAUAUACGCCCACACUAGAUUUACAUGUAAUCAUUAUUAGUCACUUUGUUAAACUGCACUUCAACAAAAUGAAGGGGUUAUAUUAUGUCAUUGUGUAUUAUAUGUUUUGUAUAUUUUAGCUGCUAAGAAACUAUGAACCUGUAAACAUUUGUAUUUUGUACAAAUUUAUAUCUUGCAUUUCUUAAUAAAAUUAAAGUAAUUUUUAUCUUUGGUGGUGUUACAUAAGAUACAGAAUGCUUACUAUAAUAUAUAUCCAUUGUUUAUUGUUACAAUUUUUUUUCUGGUUUUAUAAAGGUAAUGUAUUAAUGGAUACAGCCAUUAUUUCAUUAAGAUAUGAUAUUAUAAUAAAACCACAACAAUUAAUUAAUGCAAGCCUAGCCUAUGUGUAUCAAAUUUAGUGCCAAUUUCUGCUGUGUAUAAAGUCUGCUAUAUAUAAAUACACACGCACAUUGUUUGAUUUGAAUUGUUACAAAUAAAACAAGUGUGAAUCUUACUGCAAUUAAACAUGAACUUGUAUAUUGGAACUACUUAUGCUGUUAUGUAGACAUGAAUUUGACUUGAUAUAUUAAUCAAUAGUCAAGUGACAAUACUUUAAGCCCAUGAGAUUCGAAUCAGUCGAAAAUAUAAUUAUGACUUGAAUUGGUCAAAAAUAUUAUUAUGACUUGAAUCCGUCAAAAAUAUUAUUAUGACUUGAAUCAGCCAAAAAUAUAAUUAAGACUUGCAUCAAGUCAAUAAUAUAACUGAACUGAAGAUGUAUGAGUUAAGAAAAUCAUUCUGACUUAAACUACGUCUUCAUCUGAAUCUUACAGUAGCUACCACUGAAUGCAUGUUUGUGUAGUCAUACAUUUUAGAAUCUCGAUCAUUUAUACUGUUAUGUAGAAACAUAUUUUAAAGGGUUAAAUCCUGUAAAGGGCUGAUAUAGAAAAAAAGACAGGGCAUCAGUAAUCUGUAUUUAAAUAUGUAAUCAUAACCAUCUCAUUCAUUAAUAUUUUUACUUUCUAAUUAAUGACUUAAAUUAGUAUUAGGAUAUUAUUUUAUUUUAGUUUGUUGAUUUAGAGCAAUAGAAACCUUGUAUCUUUACCCAGAAACAAAAUACCCAUAUCCCCAAAUGUUAUCUACAUUCAAUCAAGGAUGGAAUAGUGAACAAAUAAAUACUUGUUUAUAAUUGAUUAGAUCUAGUUAACAUUAGGUAUUUGACCCUCAAAGCCUAGAAAAUGGUUGUGUAUAUAAACUUGUUCUGACGACAAAUAUAUUUUUUGGGGAUAUACAUAUAUGACCAUUGUUAUUAUGUGCUUGCAGUAUGUUUUCUUAAAAUUUGGCUUCCAUGCUUUCUUAAUUUCUCAGUUAGGCACACAAGGUAUCUAAUUAUUUUUUGGGGAUCUUUAGGUAUAAUAAAUAGAAAAUGUGAAAGUAGAUUUAAUAUGGAUAAAUAAAAAGGUAAUUCCAAGUAGCAUCUGCAUAAAUAAAAUACUUAGUGUAAAUCUGAUGUUAAUUUUUUUAGCAUGGUGAUAGUAAGCUUUCUAUUUUUAUACUAUGUAAUGUAUGAAAGGGAUACAAACAUCGACAAUGUUUCUAGGUAGUUCUAUGUUAAUUUGAUUUAAUUAUAGACUAUAAAUUUUGUUUGUAGUUAUUUUAAAUGAAAUUUAUAAACCUUUUUUUUCUCAUAUAAAUGAAUCCAUGUACAUUUUUUUUUUUUUUUUUUUGUACGUAAAUUUUAACCAUAUCCUAAUAUAAUUGUACGUUGAUUAUUAUUACAGUUAUAGAUAUUAUCAUCUUCAUAUUUUAUUCAAUGCAUAUUGUGCAAUAUAGUUUUUUUUUUUUUUUUGGUAGGUUAUCUGUAGUAAAUAUUUGUAGCAUAAUGUAGAAUAUUGUGCUAUUUAAUUUAUUUGUUGCUCAUGAAGUUAUGUAUAAUCUACAUGUUUGUAUGGUACCUUUUUUUCAUUCACAGUAUUAGUGUUUAGUAAGAUUUCAUGAAGGUCUUUAUUUAAUCUAGCCCUAUCACCUUGAUGUUUUUUUUUCCUUUGUAUUUCUUCAUUUUUAAAGAAAAGAAUAAGACUUUGUCAUUGUAAGUACCAAAGUAUGUGUUUUUGUAUUGUUUCUAAUUGUACUGUCAGGUUUACAUUUGACAUAAAAUCUAUGUUUUUGUUCUUUAUAAUUAAUGUAAAUAUAUUUGGUUUUUUUUGUUCCUUUUUUUCUUCUUAAUUUCUCACUUCAAGUUUAUCUCUCUUAUUGAUUUCUUGGUCAAAUAAGAGUAAAAAGAUAAUAGUGUAGUUCUGAAUCCAAGAAAAAAAUAAAUUUGAAAUCAAAGUCCUGAGUUUGAAAUUAUUUUCAUCCAAAUCAUGUAUGAGAUAAUUAUAUUAGGCUGUCACUUACACAUAGUGUGGAAUUUCCAAAAAUCAAUCCAGAAAGUCUGUGCAUAAAUUACCCGUAGUCAAAUUUGGUGUUUUUCUUCAGAUGAAGUAUAUAACAUAGCCUUAUAUGCGGUCCAACUAGAGUGCAAAAUCUUAUAUUUGAAUUUUAGAAGAAAAAAAUCUAUGGAUAACAUCCCAAAUUUUCUUAUUUUCUGGAAUAUAUGAACUAGACUAUAAUAUAUGAAUUAAAGCUAAACAUUUCUAAUGUAAAAUUAUAUCAGGCUUAUCCUGAAAAAUUGAGAAUUUAUAAAUCAUUACAUAUAAAGUAGUAUAUCAUUAUAAGGGUCCAAUACUCAUCUUAUAAUAUUUAUUAUAAAACAUUUAGAAUAAUUCCAAUAUAAUAUGUUGACUUUUGGAUACUGCAUGCAUUUCAAUCAGAUUAAUUUGGAAUGAAAUUUGUGUGAUGCAUAAUUUGAUUUAAGCUUAAAUUAAGAAAUAAUUUUUAACUUGAAUUGAGUGGGUAAAAACUUUAAGCUUUAAUUUAUAAGGGGGAAAAAUAUUAUAUUUUAUUUUACUUAACAGAAAAAAAACCUUUAAGCUUAAAUUAGUAAAUAAAAUUUUGAAUAUUAUUUUCCCUAAAUAAAUGAGAAUGACGAGACCUUUCACAUGUCGAGUAUUAUCCCAAAUUAUGUCAAGAGAUAAAUAUAAAUUAAAGAAGUGCAUUCAGAAAAUAGAUAUUUAUGUAUUUGCAUGCAUUAAUACCAAUAUGGAUUACUGUCCCCCGCCUUUCGAAGAAAGCAGGGAACUAUUAAAAUUGGUCUUGUCUGUUUGUCCAUCCCUCUGGUGUAGGCAUUCAUUAGGUGAAUGCCUUGAUGGAGUUCGAAGAUGAGCAUUUUCUGCUUAGGGUAAGCAGAGAUAAGCAAUUUGAUUGGUUGAUGCUUUGGGACACGAUAACUUGGUUCUAAUUAAGUAAGACUGAUGAAACUUGGUGUAUAGUUUCAUCACAUCAAUACCUUGACUUUGUUCGAUAAUGAGCAUUUUCGGCUUAGGGUAAGCAGAGCGAUAAGCAAUUAGAUUGGUCUAGACUUAGGAGCAUGACAACUUUGAUUCUAAUUGAGUGAAAGUGGUGAAACUUCUUGUAUAGUUUCAUUACAUCAAUAUCGUAACAACGUUGGAUGCUGAGUAUUUUCUGCUUAGGCAAAGUAGAGACUUCAAUCUCAUUGGCCGAGACUUUGGAACACAAUAACUCUCCUAAUUGAGGUAGAAUGUUCAACAUUGGUGUAGGUGUCUCUUAGGUGCAUGAAUGCCUUGACAGAGUUUAAUCAUGUGCAUUUUCCACUAAGGCUAACCAGAGAAAAGCAAAUUGAUUGUUUGAGACUUUGGAACAUGAUAACUUUGGUUCAUUAGGUGAAUGUCUUGACUGGAGUUCAAUGAUAAACAUUUCCCUCUAAAGCUUAGCAGAGCUAAGCAGGAUAACUUUGAUUCUAACUAUGAGGUAAACAUUUUAUUGUUAGUAUACAUAAUCAGUUUGAUUGCUCGAUACUUUUGAAAAAGAUACAUGUGCAAUUAAUGUAGGUGUCAUCUAUUUAUUUUAGGAUUUCGGUGGGGGACAUCAGCCUCACUGUUGGCUUGUUUAUUAACUAUUAUAUAUUUAAUACUAGUGGUUAGCUAGAUAUAAUUUGUCAAACAUUUGAUAUUAUUAGCAGUCAAAAUUAUUCAUAUUGUUAGAGGAAAUAAUAAAGGACCAUUUAUACAGUUUGAAUUUAUGAUUACCUGAGGAAAAGAUCUUCAAGAACGUUAAAAGCUUAAUACAUCUGUUAGUGUUAUGGCUUGACAGAUAGCCUACCAUAUUAACCUAAAGAAUGGCUGUUUAAGAAUCAACCUAUUGUUUAACCAUCUUCAGUUUUAAUUAAAUUAGUAGUAUUUUAGAUUGUAACUAACAACUCUUUGUUUUCUUGAUGUGUUCACCUCUUCAUUUAGUUACUAUAUGUAUUGAUCUAUAAGGCAGAUGUUUGGCUCAAUUUCUGUUGUUGUUUUCAUUUAUUUUGUUUGUUUCUCCUUCAUUUUAUUGGGUGUUUGUCGCUUUUUCUACCUUUAGGCUUCAGACAGACAUUGAAAUAAAGAAAAUGUAAAAUUCUUUUAA